AUGGUGCUCCUGAAAACAGCCUCUUUCUAUUUCCAGGAAGGUCAGCAAAAGACUUGCGCCUCGUUUGUGUGCGGAAUCUGCGCAAAAAGCAUAAGUCACGUCUUGUGCGGCACUAAAGAAGAGUUGAUCGACACCCAUAACCGCUGCGCGGUUGACGACUAUUUCAAAACAUGCUUCAGAUACAUGCCAGAGAGUGCCCUUGAAAAGCUGAUGUUUCAGUGGAACCUGGGACAUCCGAACGUGUCUUAUGCAGAAUUGAAGCCAAACUUUGAUCAACAUGAGCAAAAUGUCGAAGCCGCGGUUUCGAUAUUGAAAACUCCGCAUGCUCGGCAGAGCUUCCUGUCCGAGUGUAGAAACAAUCGGUCUCUUACUCCGGCCUGGAGUGAGCUUCUCAAGGACUUAGAGCAACUCGCCAACAGAAAUACUCAAUCUCUAUCAUCGCCUCAGGACGAGCGAUAUCUCUCAGUUAAUCACUUCAUAUUCGACCGGAAGACAUUCAAGAUCAAGGCGGAAGAAGAUCCCAAGUUUCCUAGCAUCACAGUACUGCAGGGCGGCCAUAGCUGUGGUUUCGAGGAAGCUAUUAGUAAAUUAUUUUCAGUCUCGUUAGGUUGCGUCUCGUUGGGCUAUGUCUCGUUGGGGGAACACAGCAGAAAGCAGAUGAAGCUCACAAUGGCUCCGAGGAAGCCCAGUGACUGGGCGCAGGAGCGGUUGUUUUGCAAGCCAUGCCGAUUCGUCGCGUCUUCGAAAGACUAUUUCGUAUCACACAACAUAUCCAGCCACCCAGAGAAGAAGAACCCAGAACUCUACGACUGUCUGAUUUGCGGAAAGGGGUUGAACAUAAACUCUCGCCAGCAUAAAUGCGGAGUUUCUUCGAGGGAGAUCCGAUUCGGUACGCGGGACCUUUUCAUGGUAUACUGGUUGAAAUUCAUGGAAGUCAAGGUCGAUAAGCUGAGAGAUUUGCUAUCAGUUUGGGAUGAUUUGAGAAGCCCGGUAUGUUCGGAAUUCAGAAAGUAUCUCAGCUCACGUCUAGCGAUCAAGAACCCUACCAAACCAGCUCUGAGGGAGCAGACCUUUUUAAAUGAGACUCGGAAGAUCCAUGGUAUGCAAGAAGAACUGGAGGCUCCGAAAGUAGUGGGAGAAUUUGGUGUCGAUAUACUUCGAAGUCUUGAGUCGCGUUAUCAUCCUGAGUGGGAACAAUCGACGGAAGCCUACGGUUACCACAGAUUCCGUAGUUCUCCGAUGGGGAACGCACAAAGAGAGGCGAUUCAUGUCCAAAACCAGAGUCAUGAAGAAGGAACAAGUUUUAAUCCUGUUGAUAUACCUUCCGACGAAGACACCGAUUCUGUCAACGGAAUAGAAGCUCCUAUCGAUGGGGAAGACGCCAUGUCGAGCGUUAUAGCUCCUAGAAAUGAACUUGGUCAAGCGGAAAGUGAAAGCUGGUUCAGUCGUGGCUUUUAUCUUGGUAGGGAAUCGAGUCAGGCAGAAGGAAACAUUGACGACGAACAUGACGGCAAUAACAACGACGAGAACAAUAAUUAUAAUAACGGCGACGGCAGCGAGCAAAGAUUGAGUAAUCCGGAGAGCUCUAGCGACCAAAACAACGGAUACAUCGAUGGUCUGAAAGAAGAACACCGAUACUAUCGUUUCAUCAAUGAUAUUGACCUGGAAGCACCGAUAGAGAAAUUGAAAGAACUGGAGAAGGGCCUGACAGAGAGGCACUUGGAAGAUCUCAACCGCCAUCAUUUUGAUGAUAUUGAUUUGAACCUUCGAAACCUUAUAAGUCUCAAAGGCGCAUUGAAGGCGCUUCUGGAAACACGCGAAGCCGUUGAAAAGUCAAUUCCUAAAGACUUCUCUCUGGAAUGGUCUGACCAGAUUGUCGACGGUAUCGAUCUGAAAACCCCGACGGAGCAGUUGAAGAAGCUGAAGGAGAGUAUGGAUGAAAAGCAGUGCGAAGACGUGAGAUGUGGUCGAUAUAACAAUCUCGCUUUGAAUGCUGGAAAGCUUACACUGAACGCGUCCAAGAAGUGCUGGCGACCUGGAAACGCCACACGAGCUAAUUGUCAACCUCACAUAACAUAA